CGUCAUCCAGGACGCGGUGACGUAGGAGGUGGCGUUCAGUCAGGUCCGCUCCCACAACCACGCGAGAAGGGGAUCAGCGAGCAUCGCCUUCCACAACUCUCUGGAAGCACAAUACAACAGAGGCACACCACGCACAGACCCACACCGACCCGCACACCCACACAGACCCACACAGACACACUAAGUUGUCCAGAGGGCCCAGCGUUCCCAGCUCCCCGUCCAGUCGACCACCACCUGCUCUGGGUCUCUUCCCCCCCUGGUCCACUCCGGUCCGGCGUAGUCCAGGAGACGCUCCUGGUUUUGCGUUGCCUGUGCGUUGCCCAGGACCAGGCUCAGUCCGCUCCAUUUCUUUGGCGGUUCGGUCCGGCGUUUACAAGCUGGACGGCGGGGAGGUGACUGAGGGCGAGGGCCCGGCCUUCGUCCUGCGACACAGGACUUCCACUCUGGCGGAACGGACUACCAAUGACGCGCCUACUGACCCUAUGAGCCCGCGGGACGCCGAAGACACGCCCACCUCAGGUUGUUCAACCAAUCACCUCAGUGCCACCGAGUGCCCUCACAUCGUCCACGAUGGGAGCGCCCCGGACAGUGAAACCACUCGGAGGAGAAGGAGGGAGGACAGCCGAGGGGAGCAGGGGGAGCAGGAGGAGAGGGAGGAGGGGGAGGAGGGGGAGAGGGGCAGCGACGAAGGCUUCAAGAGGAUGACUCCCCUGCUGCAGGCGCACCACGCCAUGGAGAAGAUGGAGGAGUUCGUGCACAAGGUGUGGGAGGGCCGGUGGCGCGUCAUGCCCCACGACGUGCUUCCUGAUUGGCUGCAGGACAACGACUACCUGCUGGACGGGCACAGACCGCCCAUGCCCUCGUUCAGAGCCUGCUUCAAGAGCAUCUUCAGGAUCCACACGGAGACCGGCAACAUCUGGACCCACCUGCUGGGCUGCCUGUUCUUCCUGUGCCUGGGGCUCAUGUACAUGUUCCGGCCCAACAUGUCGUUCGUGGCCCCCGUCCAGGAGAAGGUUGUGAUCGGGAUGUUCUUCCUGGGAGCCAUCCUCUGCCUGUCCUUCUCCUGGCUCUUCCACACCGUGUACUGCCACUCGGAGGGCGUGUCCAAGGUCUUCUCAAAGCUGGACUACAGCGGCAUCGCCUUCCUCAUCAUGGGCUCCUUCGUGCCGUGGCUGUACUACUCGUUCUACUGCUCCCCUCAGCCCCGCUUCAUCUACCUGCUGGUGGUGUGUGUGCUGGGCCUGGCCGCCAUCACCGUGUCCCAGUGCGACUUCUUCGCCACGCCCGAGUACCGCGGGGUCCGCGCCGGAGUGUUCGUGGGGCUGGGUCUGAGCGGCGUGGUGCCCACGCUCCACUUCACGCUCAGCGAGGGUCUGAUCCGGGCCACCACCAUCGGCCAGAUGGGCUGGCUGGUCCUCAUGGCCACGCUGUACAUCACGGGCGCCUGUCUCUACGCAGCCCGCAUCCCAGAGAGGUUCUUCCCCGGGAAGUGUGACAUAUGGUUCCACUCCCACCAGCUCUUCCACAUCCUGGUGGUGGCGGGGGCCUUCGUCCACUUCCACGGCGUCUCCAACCUGCAGGAGUUCCGCUACACGGCGGGCGGGGGCUGCGCCGCCGACGGGACGCUGUAGCGCACCACGCGCACGUGCACGUGCACCGCACGCGCGCAGACCAGCGCACACACCGGAGGGGGGGGGGGGGCACAAACACAAGGGGGGCGUUUGACGCGUAUGUUUACCGAGGGGGGGGCAUCGGCCUGAGGGGGGGAGACACACACACACACACACACAGGCACACACACACACACAGGCACACACAGGCACACACACACACACACACACACACACACUCUCAGAGUGCCUCUCCUCCGGGGGGGGGGGGCUGGGGGCCACUGUGUUCUGGUGUGUGUGUAAUACCUGGGGUGACCUUAGGGGGCAUUUAAUGACCUCCUCCUCACCCCCACCCUGUCUGGUUCAAACUGGUUUCGAUGGUUCAACUUUUUUAAGUGGAAUGGUGGAUUUUGAAGUAGAACCCGAGGUUUGGCCUGAAGGUCGUGUUUGUUUUGCUGUGAGGUCGUGGGGUUCGGAGUUUGGCUUGAAAAAAAAGAAUGAAUUGAAUCAUCUUGAAUCGUGUAAACUUUUUCUUGUUUGUCAAGUUUAGGUAAAUUUAACGUUUUCCUGGAUAAAAAAAAAAAAAAAAAGACAAACACAGAGAAAAACGAACAAAAAAAGAUUUUCCUUGUGGACAAAGGAUUUAGAUCUUCUUCAAGAGGGUGAUGUGUGUGUGGGCCCAUAACGGCCCUCUUUUGUAAAUAAGAUCUCUACAUUUUGGUUAUAUAGAUUUGUAUAAAAUAUCUGUUUGGAAAAAAAACAACAAUGGAAAAAGUAAUAUGAAGAGGAUUGAAUAAAAAAAGAUUUAAAUUGAGGCGCUGUCACGAGCAGAUUGAAGCGGAUUGGUGGACCCAAUUUACCUGUGACGUGAAGCCCCUCCCCUAGGGGAGGAGGAGGGGGCAGAUUUACCUGUGACGUGAAGCCCCUCCCCUAGGGGAGGAGGAGGGGGCAGAUUUACCUGUGACGUGAAGCCCCUCCCCUAGGGGAGGAGGAGGGGGCAGAUUUUGUGUUUCAAUACUUUCUGCCGGUUUCCGGUCGGACGGACAUUUAGUCUCGAGUGGAUCGCUGUAGGCGGCCGCUUGCAAACCAGACGUAAGCCAAAGUCUUGUUUAAAGCGCCGUGUUUACCCGACAUCGUUGUAGAUCGGAAUAUGUAUCGUAGAAGUCCUUUCCCCCUCUGCGGGAUUGAGUUUGGAAAUCCCCUCAAAUCAAAAUUGUAUUUUUUCUAAACAAGGCCCAAGAAUCUUAAAAAAAAAAAAAGUGGGAAAGAGCGUUGAGGUAGCAUGAUGACGCUAAGGUAUGAUCAACGCUAACUGGUGAUUGGUGGGUAGCAUGACGACGCUAAGUUAUGAGCAACGCUAACUGGUGAUUGGUGGGAAGCCACUGAGACUCAUUUCUGUUGAACCGAUGUUUCAACUAUUAUAUUUGUUUUUGGAUUGUAUCAAUUAUUUUCCGUUAUCCCUUUUCUAACGGGGUGUUUUUGGGAAGUGGGAAAAAAACAAUUUGCUUUGAAAGACGACCUUUAAUAAUCUGGGGACUUUUGAUUUGAAACACCCUUACCUCUCGUUAAAUAGGGAAGGACCGAGCAGCCGGUCGUCCUUUCAACCCUGAAUCCAAUUCAGUGUUGAACUGGAUAAACUUCAGCCCUGGUUCCCUCUGAACUGUCUCAGCCAUAGCUGCAGUAUUGAAUCCAAGAGUGGGUGGGCCAAGGAGCAGCCGGACCACCUCCCUCUCUGUGAAAGUCCCUCCCUCUGGGGGACACUGGGGUACAGUUGAGUCCACGUUGGUACCAAUGCACUGUGUCCCAUUCAUCACUGCAUUGGUACAGAGUUCAAACCAAACAUUUAUACUGCCGUUUAUUACCAUUGUCAUCGCAUAAGCUUACUUUGUCUGUCCCCCUCCCUCUCUUAAUUUACCUUUAGUUUUUAAUUUAUUUAUAUUUGGGCGGUCUGUUGAAUAAAGCACAUGUAUCGAAUCUGAGGGCGUGUUUAUUGUUUGAUUGCAAUAGACCUUUAUAUCUGCUGUAUUGUUCUAAUAAUAAAAAAAAAUAUUUUUCCUUUU